AUGUGUUCGACUGUUCCAGAUAUAUCUAAUUUUAUAUCUGAAUAUCUCAAAGAGAUAAAAUUUGAGUCGCAAUUCGGAACAAAUUCAAGUAAUUCAGAUGUUUUGAAUACAGCAAAUAUCACCAAUUCAGAUUGUAAAAACAAUGUUAGCAAUGAACUUUACUUAGCUUAUCUUCCCCAUGGCUCUUUUCAUGAGCAACGUAUCAGCCUAGAGAAUGCAAUAUUUUUGGCUUGGGCAACAAAUCGUACAUUAAUAAUUCCGUCAAUAAUAUUUGGUGAACAACUGUUGCCCAAUAAGCCAUUUAAAAAUCUAUCAGAAAUAUUGGUAAAUUUAAAACAUUACAACGAUACCAAUAGUGAAUGCGAAUGGGAUUCUAAACAUAAUCAUUGUAUAAAAAAAGUUCAAAAGGAUCUUUACACUUCUGUAAAGUGGGAAUUUUUGAUGGAUAUGGGAUUUUCACAAGAGAAAAUUCGAUCAAUUCAUAGAGAAACUUAUAAUUUUACAAAUCUUCUCUUAUUUCUAAAUAUCACUGAUCAAAACAAUAAGUUUUAUAUGAUAGACGAUGAAGAAAUUUACAGUCAUCAGAUUUAUGAUGUAGACGAGAAAUUUCCAUCUGAUACGAGAUAUAAAAACAUGAUUCAUUUGUGUUCUUUGCAACGAAGAAAUGAAACUUUAUUACAUUUUGGAUCGUUAUUUGGCACUAAUCGACUCAACUUGAAGUUGAACGAUAAUAUGGAAUUUUUGCGUAAUAUUAGGAAUAAUUUAAUAAUUAACCAUCCAUUAUUGCUCGAAAAGGGUGAAGAGAUUAGUAUACAAUUAGGUGGUUUGGCAAGUUAUAUUGGGGUUCACAUCGAACAAUUGGAUGAUAUAAUAGGAAAUAAAGAAGAAACGUUUAUCGACGAUGUCAUUGAAAAAUUAAAGAAUCAACUAGGUAUAAUACCUCAAGAAACUAAUAGUAAUACUCCAGAUCGAAUGGAACUGGCAUCAAGAGGUUUUCAACCAACUUUAACACAAAUGUUAGCCGAAGAAUGCGUACAAAAUAGCUCACCAGAGAAAAGACAUUAUCCAAUAAUUUAUCUUGCAACGGAUUUAACUAAAUCGGAUCCAAAACUGACAAGAUUCUUUGAAGAAUUUCCUUGUAUAUUUAUGUUGUCUAAUUUCACAGAUUGGACCACGACAUUGAAAUUUAUUGUAAAUCCAAUAGACAAUGUUAGUUUGUACAAAUUCCUUGUACCAUUGAUUGAUGCUAUUGUUGUAGCGAAAGGUGGUGAAUUUUUUGGUAAAAAUGAAAGUUUAGCUAGUAAUUAUAUUCAAAGAUUACAUGACUACUGGAUCGGAUCAUAA